AUGACGUCAACUACCGAAGUUUCUCACGGCCGCGGCGGUGCCGGCAAUAUCAAUCCCGACGACACCAAAUAUGUUGAUGGAGAGGUGGUGCGUGUCGGGGCUGAGGGAAGCCAUGGAGACGGAGCCUUUAGCAUAGGCCGCGGAGGCGCCGCCAACAUCGCCGACCCGGGCGUCAAGCAAGUCACGCGGCUCGACAAGGACCUGGUUCCGGAGGAGGCUGUGCGGCCGAGCCACGACGCGGAGACAGACUACCAUACGGGCCGCGGCGGGGCGGGCAACGAGCACCACGCGCACAAGCCCGAGGCCGGGCACGUCGAGGCGCCGGUUGGGUUGGCGGAUAGGCUGAAGAAGAAGAUUUUUGGGUUGUUUGGGAAGAAGUAG